UUUUUUUCCCUCUCUCUCUCGCUCGCUCGCUCUGCUCCUCCUGGGCUGUUUCGAGCUGUCGGGCUGAAGGAGACCCAGAUAUGGUGUAGGAUAUCAGAGCAGAAAGCAGAACCUGCAGGCAAGGAGGGAGUCCAGGCCUGGGAGAAAGACAGGUAAAGAGACUUUGAGGCUGUGGCAGCUGAGCAGACAGGGCCCCCCUGUUGAGAGGCACUAUGGACAGUGAACAGGGCACCCUGGCCUCCAGCUCCACCACCACCCCCAUCAGCAGCAGCAGUACCUCGAACAACAGCACCACCAGCAGCACCAGCACCAGCACCAGCAACACUAGCAGCUCUGCAAGGCCGUCUGUACCCCAGAUUUCCGUCUACAGUGGGAUCCCCGACAGACAGACCGUCCAGGUGAUCCAGCAGGCCCUGCACAGGCAGCCCAGCACGGCUGCGCAGUAUCUGCAGCAGAUGUACGCAGCGCAGCAGCAGCACCUCAUGCUGCAUACCGCAGCCCUGCAGCAGCAGCAGCUCAACAGCGCGCAGCUACAGAGCCUGGCUGCCGUGCAGCAGGCCAGCAUUGCUGCUGGGAGACAAGGAUCAAAUCAAAAUGGAACAUCUUCCCCGCAGACAGGAUCUUCCCAAACCACGAUAAACCUGGCCACACCCCCAGCAGCAGCUCAGCUAAUCAGCAGGGCACAGAGUGUCAGCUCCGCCCCCACCGGGAUCUCGCAGCCAGCUGUGUUGCUAGGCAACCCCUCUAGCCCCACCCUCACUGCCAGCCAGGCACAGAUGUACCUCCGAGCUCAGAUGGCACAGCAAAGUAACCUUGUGCAAGUAGCUAGGAGCCUAGGGCGUGCUGUUCCUUUAUCCCCCCAGCUCAUCUUUACCCCUACUGCCACUGUCACCACCGUGCCACCCGAGCCCACAGCCCCACCUGCUGGACAACAGCCUGCCACUGCACAGGUGCAGAACUUGGCCAUUCGAGGCCAGCAGGGGGCAACACUGCCAGCCUCCCCGUCCCAAGCCCAGCUGCAGGGCCUGAGCCUCAAACAGCCCACUUCCUUGCUAAAGGGUGCGGCUCAGGGGGUCCAGGGGCCCGUGUCGAAGGGGGUCCCGCCCGAGAUCACCCCAGAGGGGGGGAAGAAGGGGGAAGGAGCUGCUGGAGCGGAGCCUCGUGUGGUUAACAUGAGCCGCAGCACCACCAUCAGCAGCCACCCACUCAUUGCUCCAGCAUAUGCUCAGAUCCAGCUCCACCAAAACAAGCAGCAGGGCUUUGUGAUCCAGCAGCACAACCCCCCCCGGACCCAGACCCAGCUCCUGCAUACCACCAUUCCGCCACCCAUUCCGGUGCUCCCCAAACCAGCUCCCUCUCAGCAGGCCACCAUCUUCCACUCCACCGUCAGCCCCCUGGCGCUAGGGCACCACGCCCAGGCCCCUCCCACCCUGAGCCAGAACAAAGUUCAGCCGGUCCAGCUCACCGCCAUCAACCUGCAGAUCCAGCCCACCCCCACGGCAGCCGCCCGAUUGGUCCAGGACAGUGUCAGUAAGGACAGUAAACCCGCCCCCCAGGUGGUGAAGGAGUGCCCGCCCACCCCCAUCUCCCCACAGCCCACAUCUGUACCCCCCCAGAGGGCUAACACAGAUCAGCAGGAAACAGACGCCAGUAAUCCCCCCCCACAAGGUACAGGUGUUGCUGAGAGGAACGGUUCCGGGCCAGUUUUGGGCUUCCCUCCAGCCAUGACAUCAGGAAACGAAAACGACGCCCCGACUGUGACUGGCAGCACACCGCAGAACGGGGAGAGCAAACCGCCGCAAGCCAUCGUGAAACCGCAGGUCCUCACGCACGUCAUUGAGGGAUUCGUCAUCCAGGAGGGAGCAGAGCCCUUCCCAGUUGAGCGCGUGCCACUGCUGGUGGACGGCCUGAAGAAAGCCGCACAGCAACAGCCCUCUGACCCAGAGAAAACCCCGCAGAGCAACCCCCCCCACGCCCCCGACUCCGACAUGGAAGACCUGUCCCAGCAGGAACUGAGACCGCAGGAAGCAGAAGAGCCCAAACUGCAGUGUGAGUUCUGUGGCUGGGUGGACUUUGCUUACAACUUCAAAGGCACAAAGAGAUUCUGCUCCACAGUCUGUGCAAAAAGGUACAACGUGGGCUGCUCGAAGCGGAUUGGACUUUUCCACCCAGACAGAAGUAAAAGCAGCAGCCGCUGGCGACGGAGAGCUCGCAACGGCACCCGCCACAACCCAGAGGCCAAAAAGCAGAAGCGAGCUGCUCCUCAGCAGUCGAUAGGGGGGUCUGUGUCAUCCCCACUCCCGUCCCAUCCCAGUCAGGGGGAGUCCAGCCCGUGCUCCGACAUCUCCAGCUUCGAGGGUCCCCCCUCCCCUCUGUCUGGGGCCAGCUCGGGCCCCCCGGCCCCCCAGGGCCAGCGUGGAGCCGACCAGGAAGGGACCCCUGCCAGAGAGCCUCCCAUCUUCAACCAGCACUUCCUGCCCAGCGACCCCACCCAGUGGAGCGUGGAGGAAGUGCAGCGGUUCAUCCGCUCGUUGCCAGGUUGCCAGGAGAUAGCGGAGGAGUUUCGCUCCCAGGAGAUUGACGGACAGGCCCUGCUUCUCCUGAAGGAAGACCAUCUCAUGAGUGCCAUGAACAUCAAGUUGGGUCCAGCACUCAAGAUUUACGCCCACAUCAGCCUGCUCAAAGACUCGUAGCCAAAGCCACGCCCACAUCAGCCUGAAGCCACGCCCUCAGGCUUCUCAGACUCCUCUCCAGACGCCGGCAGCUCUGAGGACACGCCCACCCUGCGGCUCAUUUAAGCAGACGCAUGCAGAGACUGAGCCCUGCACUGAGCAGCGGACAUUACCCACUGUGUGAUGGAUGCAGGGUGAGUGACAUUACCCACUGUGUGAUGGAUGCAGGGUGAGUGACAUGUGGGGUGAGUGAUGGGUGCAGGGUGAGUGACAUUACCCACUGUGUGAUGGAUGCAGGGUGAGUGACAUUACCCACUGUGUGAUGGAUGCAGGGUGAGUGACAUGUGGGGUGAGUGAUGGAUGCAGGGUGAGUGACAUUACCCACUGUGUGAUGGGUGCAGGGUGAGUGACAUUACCCACUGUGUGAUGGAUGCAGGGUGAGUGACAUUACCCACUGUGUGAUGGGUGCAGGGUGAGUGUGUGUGGGGUGAGUGAUGGGUGCAGGGUGAGUGUGUGUGGGGUGAGUGUGUGUGGGGUGAGUG